GAAAUUAGUCAACUGUGCAAAAGAAUUGGCAAUAAUUUUCAGGAGAUAUUCCAUUGAUACAAGAUGGCUCCGUGGCUGAAACCAUUACUUUUAAUCUGCAUUACCUGCAUGGGACAGAUACAGGCAGAAUUUUUCACUUCUAUAGGCCAGAUGACAGACUUAAUUUAUGCAGAAAAAGAUCUGGUACAGUCGUUAAAGGCAUAUAUUCAAGAAGAAGAAUCUAAGCUUUCUAAAAUUAAAAGAUGGGCUGAGAAGAUGGAAUCCCUAACUACGAAAUCCACUUCAGAUCCAGAAGGUUAUCUUGCGCACCCCGUCAAUGCCUAUAAACUGGUGAAGCGUCUAAACACAGAAUGGUUGGAGCUAGAGAAUUUGGUUCUUGAGGAUGCGACCAAGGGUUUUAUUGCAAAUCUCACAAUUCAGCGCCAGUUCUUCCCAAAUGAAGAAGACGAGACAGGAGCUGCCAAGGCAUUAAUGCGCUUGCAGGACACAUACAAGCUGGACUCUGAAACAAUUUCGAAAGGAGAAUUUCCAGGAACCAGGUACCAAUCUGCCCUGACAGUGGACGACUGCUUUGGCAUGGGGAAAACAGCUUACAAUGAUGGAGAUUAUUACCACACAGUGCUAUGGAUGCAGCAAGCGUUGAGACAACACGAUGAUGGUGAAGAGGCAGUCGUCACUAAGGCAGAGAUCCUGGACUACCUCAGUUAUGCCGUCUUUCAGCUUGGUGACAUACACAGGGCUAUGGAGCUCACGCGGCGGCUGGUUUCCCUUGAUCCCAGUCAUGAGAGGGCAGGCAGCAACAUGCAAUACUUUGAGAAGCUGCUGGAGAGUGAAAAAGAAGCGAAGCCAUUCAAUGAGACCUCAGACACAGUUGAGUCAGCAUCAUACGGUGGAAUUUAUGAAAGGCCCCAGGACUACUUGCCAGAGCGUGAGAUCUAUGAGGCCCUUUGCAGAGGAGAAGGUGUGAAAAUGACACCUCGAAGACAAAAGAGGCUAUUCUGUAGGUACCACAAUGGAAACCGAAACCCGCACCUGCUUAUAGCGCCUUUUAAAGAAGAAGAUGAAUGGGAUAGUCCGCAUAUUGUCCGAUACUACGAUGUCUUAUCUGAUGAAGAAAUAGAGAAGAUUAAGGAGCUGGCUAAACCAAAAUUGGCAAGAGCUACUGUACGCGAUCCCAAGACAGGUGUGCUCACUGUAGCCAGCUACAGGGUGUCUAAAAGUUCAUGGCUGGAGGAAGAAGAUGAUGUGGUUGUCGCCAAAGUGAAUCAUCGAAUGGAGCAAAUUACAGGAUUAACAGUAAAGACGGCUGAAUUAUUGCAGGUUGCUAAUUAUGGUAUGGGAGGACAAUACGAGCCACACUUUGACUUCUCAAGGAAAGAGGAACCUGAUGCUUUCAAGCGUUUAGGGACUGGGAAUCGUGUGGCCACUUUUUUAAAUUAUAUGAGUGAUGUAGAAGCUGGAGGCGCCACAGUUUUCCCAGACUUUGGAGCUGCAAUUUGGCCCAAAAAGGGGACUGCAGUAUUUUGGUAUAACCUCUUCAGAAGUGGAGAAGGUGAUUAUCGAACAAGACAUGCAGCAUGCCCAGUGUUAGUAGGAUGUAAGUGGGUAUCAAACAAGUGGUUCCAUGAGAGAGGAAAUGAAUUCUUAAGACCAUGUGGGUCAACAGAAGUCGACUGAAACCAGCCUACAUAUUAGUCUGCUUUUUCCCCUGUCUGCCCACGUCUCUGUGCAUGGUCCAGUUCAUUUCUAAGAAAUGACUCCUACUCUACUAUGAAUAAAUGAUGGCACUAUUUAUUUGAAGAAAAGGGAGUGCCUGUCAGUGAAAGUAGAGAGCUCUUCAUACUGAUGGUGCUACAUGGUUAUUUCUUCCGACAUUAUCUACAUUUGUCAUUUCCCUGCCCUCUCCAGGAACUGUCAGGCUUUGUGCCUUCCGAACAUCGAGCACUUUUUAGACAUUGAAGAUUUGUCAAGGAACCAAUUUUUCAAAUGUACCAUUUUAAUUUUAUUGUAUUUUCUAGGGUGUGCAAAUUUUAACAAACAACAUAAAAUGUUAUUUUAAAAGAA